AAAUCACUGUCUUUGUUGGACGGAAGGAAGUUGAUAGAUUUUGCAUACACAGAACAGAUUCUUGAUCUUCCUGAAUGUGGAAGCACUCCAUAACACAACUAUAACGAUAAUAAUAAUAAUAAUUAUUAUUAUAAUACUAAUCACAAUAAUCGUGUGUGUAUAUUGAGCGAGAGAAAAAGAAAGAGGAGAAAUCCUUCAAACUAAUGUUAACUAACGGAAGGAAAUUUGUGUUCAACUUCGCUUCAAUGUUCAAUGAAGCACCGUCUAGACUUGGAUUCCUGUUCCGUUCUACUUUUUAGCAGGGAAAAACAGACACAGAGAGAGAGAGAGAAAGAGAAAGGAGGAAGGAAAAAAAAGCAACUCAUUUUACAGUGAAAAAGACAUAACAACUUUUCCGGCUUACUUACCUCAAAGAUCUGGAUUCAAAAAUUCUACAAUACUUUUUCGUUUUACCUUUUUUCUCUCUUCACUCAACUACAUGAAGAUAAUACUGGGAUUCGUUCCGCCCGAUUUGAUUAGUGUAUUGUAACGAUCUAUAUCCGGUCAGUGAUUGAAAUAAACAAGAUUACAUUUGACUAACUACCACCAGUACUGGUAAUACACAGACGUAUCUGUAUCUACACGCACCACACACGCACACACAUACACACAACAAAGCAACACAUAGUUGUGUCAUACGAUUGUGUUCAUUUUGGUUUUUCGGAUAUUAUAUUGUACUACUACUACAAGAACUGUUGUCUACUGACGAUUUCCGCUUCAACGCUUCACUUUCUUCAUCACCAGUGGCUAUACUAUUGACUAUAGUGGCAAUAGUAUUGGUAGUAAUAUCAACAACACCAAUAGUAAUCGUGAUAUCACCAGGAGAAAUAAGAAAAUAACUUGUAAGGCACCUUUGAAAAUGAAUAUAUCAGAUGCUCAUUUACUCUAUUCACGGCAGUCAGCAAAUUGGCCUAUGAUGUUUCCAUUCAGUAGCAACAAUAGUGCAGCUUCUGCUGCUACUACAGAUUUAUAUGAGAAACCACGUUGUGGAAAAAACAACAGUCUGUCUAAUCACCAGUUGUAUUCUUCGACUCCGCCACCGCCUCCUCCUCCUCCUCCCUCUAUAACUCAUUCCCAUCACCUUCAACAAUUACAUCUGCAAGAACAUCAACAAUCACCGCAACCAGAUACAAGAGCAUUACAAGAGUUUAUGAAUUAUGGACUAUUGCCGUUCUCGUCAAAUCAUGUUGGUCAGUAUAAUACUGCAUUCAAUAAUAAUAGUAGUAGCAACAGUCAGAUGGAGACCUUUUAUAUACCUUCAUGUACUGCUCCAAUGCAAAGUGAUACGCACUCAAAUCUGAUGUCUGAUUCACACUUGCAAUUGACUACAGAGGUGUCAAACAACAUUUUCAAUAAUAUUCUACCACAUGCAAAUACUGAACGACUAGUAAAUGUGAGUCCUACAUACAGGGAUAUGAUUUUUUCAUAUAGUGCCAACCAUCCUCCUCCUCCUUCUACUACUACUACUACUAGCAAUACUACUAUUAAUCCUAAUAGUACUAGUUUUUAUAUCAGUAGUAAUGUUAGCGGCACUGAUAUAUCGAAAUCAUUUCAACAGUUAGAUCCAUGGACAUGGAUGAAUAUGAAUACUUCAGCAGUCAACUAUCCGGUAACAUCCUCAAAGUCAGUUUCAUCAUCAACAGACUUAUCAUCAUCUUCUUUGAUCUCUAUGUCUUCAUUAUCAUCGUCAUUACCACCAUCAUCAGCUGUACACAAUCCUAUUGCCACUGUUACCUGUAAUAAAGCCGAAAGUCUUACGACAACCAUCUCAAAUAGUGUUCCAGCAACGGUGAUGACACCAGCCAGAUGCAGUGAUGAAGCCAUAUCAUCAAUGUCUUCAUUGAUGCGUUUGUCACCAUCAUCGAGGAAGUAUACCAAAGGAUUGUUAUCCUUACAAAAAUAUCAACAUCACAGAUUUGAAGAUUUUCUGCCAAGCGGAUUAUUCAAUGAACAGUCAACCUAUAAAAUCUCUCAGUCUGAUCGUAUCAGCCAAAACAAUAACAAUAGUAGCAAUAAUAGUGAUGAGAAUAUUGGUGAAUCACAUGGAAGCCUUUUCAACAAUAUUACACCAUCUUUUCGUCUACCACCUAUCAAUUUCUGUGAUACCAACAAUUGCUCACAAACUAUGAGUGAACAAAUGACGAUAAAAUCGGAUGGUACUGCACCGCCACUUACCUCAACAUCAUCAUCAUCAGAGGUGUACAAUAAUCGUGUAACUGAGAAUUACAAAGGAGAAGGUAAAAACAAUAACUUGAACAAUAAUCGACCACAUCGCUCAAAUCGACAGUAUAGCUCAGUUAAUAAUUAUGAUCCAACUUAUAAGCCGCGUUUAUCAAUUCAAACAUAUCAACAGAUCAGUAAUACAAAAGAAUUGAAUUCCUUGAGCAAACGAAAGCGUUCUUGUUUCAAUACUACUAACAACAACAUUAAUGAUAGUAGUAGUAGUAGUUGUUUCAGUACCAAUCACUUUAGAAAUGAUAAUAAAAGUAUAACUGAUUGCAAUAUUCAGCCAAGUAAACCUUCCCAGAAGGGAAGUCUGUUCAAGAAUAACUUGGAAUUAAGUAGUAUCUUUACAUCACAUGAGAAUACACCAAAUAGCAUUGACAUAGUGCAUCAUUUAAGUAAAUCACACUUCAAUGAAUUACUUCAGCAUAACGACAGCGAUUUACAUAAACUGCAUAUGAAGGUAACAGACGACAAUUAUCAUCAAAAUAGCAAUAAUGAUAGUGAAUCAACUACAAAAUAUGGAUCAAAAUUGAUGAAAAUGACACCAGAUAAUGAAAUCAAUCUCCCACAUAUGAGUGACUAUGAUUAUACAAAUUUAUCGUUUUACUCGAAGCAGACUAAUUCUGCACUAGCUGCAAGUCAGUGGAGACCUCAGUGCUCUGGACAGAUUCAAUUAUGGCAAUUUUUACUGGAAUUACUAUCCGAUUCAAAGAAUUUGGCAUGUAUCACAUGGGAAGGUACAAAUGGUGAAUUUAAACUGGUCGAUCCAGAUGAAGUGGCUAGACGGUGGGGUGAACGAAAAUCAAAACCAAAUAUGAACUAUGAUAAAUUAAGUCGUGCCCUACGUUAUUAUUAUGAUAAAAAUAUUAUGAGUAAGAUAAAUGGAAAACGUUAUGCAUAUAAAUUUGAUUUCACUGGUCUCGCACAAGCUAUGCAACCGCCUACAUGUGGGAAUUCACCAAACUCUGAAACAAUGAAUACAAAUUCACAAAUGUUAUCUUCAUUAUUACUACCAAGUGUAUGUCAUGGACUUGGUAUCAUGAAUCCAUCAUCACAAACUAAUUUAAACUAUACAUUGACUUCAAAUCCUGGAACGCCUUAUUCUAAUUUGUUAAUGUCAACACAGUUGUCUAGAAAUACUAAUGUUAUUAGUAGUACUGCAAGUAUAUCAUCAAUAAUCAACAACAGUGGUGAUAAUAAUAAUAAUAAUAAUAACACCGUUUCUACGAAUAGUAGUAAUGAGAGGAAUGAUUUUAGUCCACGUUUCAAUACUCGUUCACUAAUCAAUAAUUCAAUGAGUCCUGUUACACCAGAUUUAUUUCCUUAUUCAACAAAUCCCCCAAAUUACUUUAAUACACCUUAUUCAUGUUCAUCACCAUUGUAUAAUUCUAGAGUAGGAUCAAAUCUUAUUGAUUUUCGAUCAGAUCAUCAAGAAGAGCAUAAUGCUAAUGUUGUCAAUAGUGUUGCCAAUGGUCACAGUAACAAUAAUAUCAUAAGCGGUAGUCUUAGAUCAGUUUAUCCUUUCGAUACAUUUGAUUAUGGUAAUUUUACAUCGAAUAAAUCUAAUUGUGUAUCACAUACAUUCUCGAAUGGAAUAUAUACAAAGGACGUAUUGAAUUCAGCACGAAUGGCUGCAGCAGCUGCUGCAUGUUGUCUCAUCUCACCAAUCAAUCAUAAUAGUACUAAUCAUAAUGAACUAUCUUUUAGUAACCAUUUGUCAAACGAAGUACGAGAUAACGAUGACAUUCAUGGUAGAAACAAUAUAAUAACGAUGAGUACAGAUUCUAUGAUAGCAGGUAAACUUCAUUCACAUCAUGAUUUCGAUUCAUGUCAACUUCAUCAAUCCCAAUCUUAUCAACAUUCACCUAGACAACAGCAUCAAGAACACGAUAUACAUCAAUAUGGUGUACAUGUUGAUCAACAAGAAGAACUUUUUCGAAAAGAUUGUUUAAAAUUAACAAAUGAACAAAUAUUUUCGAUUAAUGAAUACAAUUCAAAUGAAAUUAUAAGGAAAAAUGAAUCUGUUGGUCUAAAUAAUAGUUAUACUAUCAGUAAUAGGGAUAAUAGUUCAAAUCCAUCAAAUAUAUUUCUUCCUACUACUGAAAUAAGUCAAAAUACUACUCACAACAAUGUAUCGUUAAUUCAUGAAAUGAGAACAUUAACUGAUGCUGAGAAUAUUACUAAUCAUAACAAUAACAAUAAUAACAGCUCAUUACUUACAAAUGUAGACAGUCCAACUCUAACAGCGUCGUCUUCAUCGUCAUCUUCAUCAUCAUCAUCAUCAUCAUCAUCUAUGUCAAUAUCGACUGAUCAUAAUAAUCCAAAUUACACUUUUCGGGGAAUAAAUUCAUCUAUCAUGAAUACAUCAAAUUUAAUUGGAUCAUGCUUUUCAAGGAUGAGUCAAACAUCUAUACCACAACAAAAGAACUCAUGGUUUACAAUGAUAACAACAACAGCAACAACAACAGUUACAGAUGUUGAACAAUCAACGCCAACUUUAAUUAUUCAGAAAAAAAUGAUGAAAUUCAAAAGCAAAUCACUUUACCAAUGAAAUAAACAAUAACACAAUAUUACUGGUUUCAAAUCAUUCAAGGAAGUAAUACUUUUGUGUAUGUACCUCAUUCAUAGUUCCUAUCUUCUGCAUUCUUUGGUUGUUUUAACUUUAUCUAUUGAGUACACAUUGAAUUGUAACUGUAUAUUUAUUGAUUUCACUUAAUCCUGUUUUAUAAUUUGACAUUCUGAUCUUAUAUACAUAUAAACAUAAAAAUGUCUUCUU